CAGUCAAGUUGUGGCAAUUAUUGCAAUUUCCAGAAUUCUAUAAAAAUCAAAGAGCAUCCAAUUCAAAGAUGCAGACCAUUUUGAUACUCGAUAAAGGAAUUUCAAUAGAUUUUAGAUAGAGAAAUUAUUUUUUUUUUGGUAGAAAUGCAUAAAUUCCUGACGUUGGCUGUUGUUGUUGUGGUCGCCGCCUGCGGUGUAUUUGCCGAAACUCCAGAUGCCCAUGCUGAAACUGUGCACUAUGUGAGCAAUAUUGAAAAAGAUGGCAAAUACAGUUACAACUUUGAAAUAUCGAAUGGAAUUACUGUCCAAGAGGAGGGUACCGCCGGCCAAGCCGUUAAAGGUGGUUUUGCCUACCAAUCACCCGAACAGGAAUUAAUACAGCUUGCGUAUACAGCCGAUGCCAGUGGUUUCCAUCCCAGCGGCAGUCAUCUGCCAACACCACCACCAAUUCCAGCUGACAUAAUAAAAUCGAUUGAAUACCAAAGAACGCAUUUCUAUCAGCCGGAAUACUAGAAGAGAAGAACGCUACGAGAGAGGGAGAGAGCUCGACAUUUUCAAAUUGAAAAUGCUUAAAAGUUAAUAUAUACCUACGUGUAUUUAAAUAUUUAUUAUGAGUGAAUAAAUCAUCCAUAACGGAGAGAAUUUUUAAUCUC